AUGCCGGAGCCGCUGCAGCCAGCGGGAUGCUUGGAACCUGCCUGGGGCUGCUCAACCGGGCAGGACCCGGACCCACCCCAGCCCCAGCCCCGAGAGCCCAGCUCCUGCCGGGCCCGGAGGCAGCAGCCCAGUGAACCUGUAACCACGGAGCCAGGGCGCCAGGACUGUGCCUUCAGGGCAAUGAACCUGGCCGAGGGCCUUUCUCACCAGACAGACCGUGCUGUGGUCUUUCUUUGCUGCCCCCGCAUUGUCUCAUGCCAACAGUGGAGGGCCCAGCCCCCAAAAAGCAGGGUCCCGCUGAGGACGCCGGUGUCCUACAUCAUCAUCCACCACAUGGCAGGGAAUCGCUGCUACACACAGGCCUCCUGCAGCUGGCAGGUCAGGGCCAUCCAGAAUUACCACAUGAACUACCAGUGCUGGCCCGACAUCGGCUACAACUUCCUGAUCGGCGAGGACAGCAGAGUUUACAAGGGCAGAGGCUGGAGAACGAGGCGGGUCCAUGACAGAAACUGGAGCCGAAGAGUCCCCAGCACUGCUGCCCUGAACACUGCCAGGCACCUGAUCCAAUGCGUGGUCUCCAGGGGCUUCCUGAGCCGCAGAUACACUCUGAAGGGCAUCACAACGUGAACCUGACCAGCUGCCCUAGGAACGCCCUUUACAGGGUCAUCAGACGGUGGGCCAGGUUUAAACCCUGAGUCCCUGCAGCCACGGGGCAGCCGCUGCGCCCAUCACUGACCCCGCCUGCAGGUUCUGCCUGCUCGAGCAGCACCUCCGCCCCCCAGCAGGGGGCAGCCUCCCGCUUCUCGCCCACCUGCUGCCUCCUGGGGCCCAGAGAGCAGGGGUCUGAGAGUUGGGGUUACGCUCCCGUCUCCCCUGGGCUCUGCUGCCCCCCUCCCCCGGGGCUCAGAUUUCUAAUGGUGCCUGGAGCCACCUGCCUCCCCCAGGCUGCUUCCUUCGGCAGACGCCAGGCCUAGCCCCUCGCUCCCGCCCGCAAUGGGCACGUCAGCUUAGCCCGGGUCCACACACAGCCAGGCCCAGGGUCUUCCAGCGUCCGGGGGGUGGGGCCAAGCCUCAGCCGAGCUCCGUGGCGAUGGCCCUGCCAAUCCCUGGGCAGCUCAGGAAAUGUCGCCUCCAUUCCCGUGUUAAGCGUCUGAGCAAUUAUCAAUUCCAGAGUCAAACCCGCCUCUGCCCCCAGCCCCCCUGAGAUCUGCAGCGAAGAUCUGACCUGGAAUCCCCCAGAAAUCGGUCGCUAUUGAACCCCUCCACAAAGGGAACCCAAGUGUCCCCGAGCCCUGACACUCAGCUCUGCCUUGCCCCCAGGGUCUGGCUCUCAAAGCUUUCAGCCCUCGCCCCUUUCACCUCGACAAUCCGUUCCCGCGAGCCGCUCUCUCUCGUGGGGGGGCAAAGUGUUUGGAUCUUCACACAGCAGGUGCCUGGGAAGGACCCAGCGGGGGGGUCGCAGAGUCCCACAAAGGGGUUUUUAAUUCAAGUGCAAUUUGCCUUUAACCCAGCACCCCUGCGGCUUAGCGCUUGCUUUGCUUGGGAGCUACUGAGCAGUGAAAAUAAACCAGCUUCCAGCCCAUGAAAA